UUAAACGCAAAGCAAUAGCUAUUUAUUGAAUGUCGACAAGUAGAAAUAAAAUAAUCGGUUUUAACGUUUUUGUAAGAUAGUAAGAAACAAAUUUACCAAAUGUUUUAGGAUUGUUAUGGAUUAUUAUAUCACUGACUCGUUUCCUGAAGUUGUGUCUUGCUAUGGAGGUGUUGAAUGUGUAAAGUCGAGAGCAGUACAAGAAAACGAUAUAUCGGACGAAAACAAGGACUGGGAGAAUAUUGUUUGUUGCAGUCCUGUACUAGAAGCAUGGGCACGCUGGGAACCUGAACUUAAGUAUUCAGUUGACCAAGCUCUUGGUACAUUCUCCAGCAACGAAAGAAGAAUAAAAAUGAUCAUGAAUUAUAUGAAGGGUCGCGGCAUAGAGAUCAAACCAGAUGACUUGUUUGGAUUGAUUCGAUUAGCAGAUAUGCUACAAGUUUGUGACCUAUAUAAUUAUUGUAAAGAACGUAUAUCAAAUCUUGUGAUCAGAAAAGACAACUUUUACAAGAUACUCCACGCCUGCGCCUUAUAUGAUUUUCAACACGGACGUAUGGAUCGAUACAUUCGAGGAAAUUUAAAUGAAUUAUGUGAAGAAGCAGAUAUUCUAAAGAUUGACCCAGAGUCUGUGGAACUUCUUCUUACUGAUGAAGAACUUUCAUACUGGCCGAUGACAAGCAGAUUUGGGUUUAUAAGAAAUUGGUGUAGAGCUAACAGAUGUAAUAACUACUUUGAAAAAUGGUUUGGGUUCUUAGAUUUCUACAAAAUGGACAAAUAUUACAUCGAUUAUAUUGUUAAAAAAGACUCCCUUGUAGGAAUGUCAAUCACUUGUUUGCAAAGAGUAAAUCAACAUCUAAGUGACAGACAAGAUGCACCGUUGCCGUUUGUUUUUAUCCUGGGCGAUGAUGAUCGUACAGGAUCAAACGUUGUUGGGUUGAAUCUUGAAGACAAACAACUGUACAGAUUUAACUUACCUAAUGAAAUAAUGAAAACAACUAGCGUCCAAUGUGUGAAAUCCACUGGAAAACUGUUAUUCUUCAGUCUAUUGAAACGGCGGAUAUUUACAUAUGACGUAAAUGACGGAUUCAUAACAGAGAAACGCAUUGUCUGGAAGGGAAAGUAUCCUGAAAAAAUAAGCCAUAUCUUUAAAACAAACACAAGCUUAGUAUUCAUUUCGACGGGAGAACACAAUGAUGUAAGUUUACAGUAUCAGAGAAAAGUAAACAAAUUUACACGGGGGUCAGUAGUAUACCAUAUGGUAAGCAAAAAUGCAAAGGUUCUUAAUAUUGAACCGUUGAUGACAUUAUCAUUUAAAGUAAGCUGUGUGUGUUACAAUCAGUCAAUGAUUCUGAUGUCUACAACAACAUAUUCAAAGAGGAGAAAUUUGUACUGCUUUAAUAUUCAAACAAACAAAAUGACAGAAAUUAAUCUACAAAUCAAUGAGGAGCAAAGAUACGGGCUAUUUGAGCAAUCAUCUGUUAAAUGUUUAUUGCCAGUGCAUGAUAAAAUUCUCGUUGUGACUGGAAUGUCAUUUAUGUUAUUAUCAUUAAAUAAAGAUUCAGAUGCCUACACUUUAGAGGAAAGGCAAUGUCCAAACUUGACAUUUUGCUCACAGGGAGCCUCUAAAUACGUAUUUAUUUCUGAUAAUUUGGUAGAAUUGAACGAGCGAUAUGCACGUAUCAGCUAUAAAAGCAAGGAACAAACUUCUUUCCAAGAUUGGCAUACACUUAAAUUGAAAAGAAUGAAAGAUCCUUACUAUAAACCAAUAGUGUGUGCUUAUGUCGAACGGACAAAACCAUUAUGUCACAUUAUGUGCCCACAUUGUGACCCUGAUGCAUGGGAAAAGGAAGCUGAAAUGAUCAGAAAAGAGGAAGAGUUGAAACGAAGAAGCAUCUUCGUGGACUACAGCGCGUACGAUGAAGAAUCUGAUGUUUAUAGUGAUAACCAUGAUAAUGAUUACCACCAUGAUGAUUAUAAUGAUGAUGAUUGGAAUCAGAGAGAAAUGUACUGGGAUGCAAGUGCGGAUGAGUUUGUUGAAGCUUGGUGGUAACAGAAACACAGUUUACAAUUGAAACUGAAUGAAUAUGAAAAUAUGUAUACAUUAAAAAUAAGAAUGAAGCCUGUUGAGAGCACAGACACUUCGGGUGUGGAGCUCAAAACGCCUUUAAAAUCCAAAUAAAAUGCAUAUUUGUCAAUCCCAGCACAUGCACUGAUCUUAUAUGUCAAAAAACUUAAUAUAAGUCGUUUUGAAAAAAAAUCAUAUUUCAACGUCUAUAAUUAUACACAAGAUAAAAAUGUUCGCCGGAAAAAAUCCGCACCCCUACCGUCAUAAUCACCAUGUAUUUUAUUCCAUUUCCAAUAUUUUCAUAUAAUCCUUUGGUCCAUCGACACAGAAAAAAUAAUUCUUUACGAUGAUGGUCAAUUUUUAACUUCAACGGUAAUAUAAACAACGCAACAGCCGAAAUAAACACCAAGAUUAUCGCCGUUUUACUCCAUUUACAAAAUCUUUCCAUGAAUUCAACCGUGGCCCCAGCUUUGCCGUGUGCAAAAUGCGCUGCGUUUUGAAGAUGAGAACCAGUCGGCUAUGUUCGGAGCCAUUCGGUAAUAUGUUGGUUCCCUUACUUCAAAGCGGGGCGUAUUUGUACACGGCAAAGCUGGGGCUACGUUUGAAUUUAUGGAAAGAUUUUGUAAAUGGAGUAAAACGGCGAUAAUAUUGGUGUUUAUUUCGGCUGUUGCGUUGUUAUGAGAGAUAAUUGAAUGUGAAAUAUCUGUCACGUAUUCUAAUCAUCAUAAUCACUAUAAGUGCUAGAGUUAAUGGUAUAGAUAUAAGGGUCAGAAAAUAUACGUGUGUGAGUGCGUGUGCGUGUGUUUAUUUUACUUAUAUUACAGUAGUAUUUAACAUGUAAUAGUCAGUUUAUUUUGUAUAUAUUCAUGUCAAAUGUAUAUCAUAUCGUACCAUAUCAUUUCAUAUAUCAUAUGAUAUGUAAAGCAAUUAACAAAAUGCAUAUACUGGUCGGGGAGAUAACUCCGACACAUAGAUAACUCCGAAAAUUGAUAAAUAUAAUUCUUAUAAUUCUUAGCUUUUCAACAAAUAAACACAUUGUCACCUAGUUGCAUAGGAACAGGACACAAUGAAAUGAUUUUUCUUAAGUUUGUUAUUAACUGUUGAAUGUUUUUCAAAUAAACUUAACUUUUCAUAGGCAAAAACUGCCUCAAAACAUUCUUUUACCGAAUUACAAUAAGGUAAUUAGACUUGUAUUGACCACAGAACACUAACUAGGAUAUCAUGAAAAAAAUUGAUGAAACAUAGAAGAUGUAAAACAAAUAAUUGGUGCUGAUUUUCCAGUUAUUUUUAUGUAAAAAGUGUCGACUUUAUCUACUGUUGUGGUGUAAAAAGACCAUGUUUGGUAUACCUCAUUCAGGACCUUUCAUACAUAAUUUUUGUAGUAUAAUGAAAAGUCUUUAAACUGAACUUUAUUCAGGUGGGUCAAUAUUUAAAACAUACUGGACGAUAAUUAAGACAUGCAAAACAUUUUGAUUUAGUGUCCACCCAUGCAGUAUACGUGUAUAUAUUCGUAUGAUUAUGCUAAAUAAACUUUUAAACUGUUAAUGCUUAUACAUUUCAGAUACCUAUCUCUAUCAAAAUAAACUAAUUCACCUGUUGUCCUACCAUUUAAGUCUAAAAAAGAUAAAUAUCGCCGCCUAAAUCACAAUAUUUGAUAUAACCUAAUGUAAAUUUACAUACAUGGAGGUAUAUAAGUAUGACAUAUAUAUGCAUCAACAUAAGAAUCAAGUAAUGUUCCAGAAAUAAUUAACCAGAUAAUACCAGAUUGUUGUUUUUUAAAGAACAUGAAUGUAUUUCUUGUAUACAUUUUUAAAGUAAACAGUGAGCCCUCCUCUAUAUCUAUCUUUAGUAACAUUUCUUGAUUUAUUACCACUUAAAUGUUCACUAAAAUACCCUUCAAUGUCUAAAUUUGAAGUAUCUUUAUCAGAUAUCCAUGUUUCAUUUAAGCAAAGUAUAUCAAAACUCUAACUAUUUCCUCCUUUGUUUUCUUGAAUGUGUCUUCCAUGAAAUCCUUUUUACUAACUGUCUGCAGUCCUCAUCAAUAUGUUCUGAGACUCCGUACAAAAAGUAAAUUACAUUUCAUUUGUCUCAUUUGGAGAUCUUCAAUUACUGAGUUCAUUUUUACAAAUCUUUCUUUUAUUUCAGCCGUUCCUGUAACCAAUUUUCUACAUUGACCGUGAAUUUGUUUCAAAUCGUCUUUUGUUGACUUUAUUUCCUGUUUUUUACUCUCAAACAUUUCUGAAGAGAAUUUACAUGAUUCUUCUGUCUCACCAACCCUUUUCUCUAAACUUUUUAAUUUUUGUUUAAAAUCCAUAAUUUUAUACUUAUUUGUUUAACAGUUUUUUCCACCGCAUCAAUUUUAUUCACCUUCACUUCAAUAAAAUUGAUAUCGUUUAUUAUUUGUUGUUGAUUUUUGAUAAAUUACUGGACCCACAAAGGUGCAUCAACAGACGCUAUACACUUAUAGGAGCCGCAGAAAACUGCAUCAGUUGUGUUGGUGGGGAAACAGUAUAUUGACCACUAUGAGUAUGAUACAUGAACACGUUUUGUAGUGAAGACAGUACAAUCAUAAUUCAAAAUAAUGGGUCAAUAGCUUAACAAUAAUUUACCGAAAAAUAUGUAUCUUUGAAUUUAGUCCCACACCCAUUCACAUCCGUUUUUGAAUAACGAAAGUUUGUAAGUCCGCCAUUUUGUUCAUUUUCACCAUAAGGUGGAAAAUUUGCUUUUGUUUUUCUGUUAGUUUUCUUCGUUUUCUAACUCAAUCCUUUAGACUUUUCUCUUUUUUGGAGUAAAGAUGCAGCCUCCUGCACACCAAAUAUCACCAACUGAAACGAAUAAGUCCAGUUAUUACAUACUUAAAACACGAAAAAUCGCGUCCACACGAUUCAAGGGACGUAUGAUUUUUUGUACACAAUUUUGUAAUAUACUAUUGAUCAUAGUUUUUAUCAUAUUAAAUUAAUAAGUAAUGAAUUAAACACGAUCAAUAAAAAAUUGAAUAACCUGUGUAUUUAGGGAUUGAAGUUUUCACACCUUUUUCUGUGCAGUUAAGAAAUAAUCAAGAUAUGAUCCCUUAAUCACACAGAAGAUAUUUU